AUGUUGUUGCAAGGGGCGGCUGUGAUCGUGAGAGUAGAACCGGUGCACGGCGGGAUCGGCCGAUUUCAAUUCAUAAAUGCGCCAGAGGAGGAGCCCACAAUGGUGGCUCGGCUCCCGCAACAAGUUCUACUGCUGCUCGUACUCGUCACUGGUACGGCCGCGGAAGCCACACGCGAGACUGAGGAGUCACGGUGGAGUACGUACGACGCGAGAAGAAGCGGUCGAACCUUCGGUUGGUGGUUCUCGAGCACGGACCGCACCACUGGAGAGAGCAAAUCUAUCGGAAAGUUCCGUCAGACAACUUCCUGGUACGCGGAUACCUCUAGCACCGGUGUCACCGUGGAAUUGCUAGAGUCGGCCAGCGAGAGCCUCGACGAGGACGACGAGGAGGAAGAGAAGAUCGAGAUGCACGGGAGCCUGGUAACCACCACCGCUACCACCGCGACGUCUUCGAGAACGGCGAACAACGACACGGGAAAAGUGAUAAACUCGACCGUGUCCUCGUGGAGGACGUCUGACAUCAGCCAGAAGAUAAAUCCAUCCGCCUCGAGGACGUUUAUCCAAUCAACGCCCGAACGAUCGAGCCACGGCAAGGAUAUCCUUCCCUCGGGCAGUUUUGACAACAUAGUGCCGACGAAGGAAGUCAGGUUGCCACAACACUCGCGGAGAAAUCAGAGGCUCGUAAGCAGCACGGUACCGACGCCGUAUAUCGCCAACGAUGUCGUACGUCGUCAAAUGAGGCACGUGCCCGACGUGUGCGAGAAGUUCAGCGUCGGGGACGAGACUAAACAGGAAUUUUACAGCCCGAACUAUCCGGACAACUAUCCGAACCUUACCGAGUGUGUCAGAGUCCUGGAAGCUGACAAAGGUAUGCUGCUGAAGCUCGACUUUCGAGACGAGUUCAAGCUCGAGGAGAGCGCCGACUGCCGUUACGAUUUCCUCGAGGUACGUGACGGCCAGCAUGGCUACUCCAAUCUCCUCGGCAACUUCUGCGGCACGAAUUUCCCCCCAGAGAUCACGUCGAAGACGAGAUACCUCUGGCUACGAUUCCACAGUGACGAUAGCAUCGAGGGCAAGGGCUUCAAGGCCGUCUGGAAUAUGAUACCAAGACCAACCUAUCCGGGAGUACCGCCGGAACCUGAACCUUGCGUAACAUACGUGAGCGGCAUGGAGGCGAUCAUUAACAGCGACGACGUGUUGGACAGGAAGAAGUUAUCCGAGAAAGAAGGCAUCCCUUUGGAUUGCAUGUGGAACAUCACGGUGAAGGAGGGAUGGAAGAUUCAGCUGACGUUCUCCGAUCCCUUCAAGCUGCAACGACCGAACGAGUGCGACGCGAACUUCGUGGACAUAUUCAAAGAACGCACUGACAUGUCCUCGAGAGAGAAGAAUUUCUGCGGCAGUAUAGCGGACACCGUGCUCAUCGGGACCAACACCGCCUUUGUCAGGUUUUACGCGGAGCCUAAAGCGUUGAACAGCAGCUUCGAGGCGGUGAUGACAGCGCUCAGGGACAGAGAUCCAGGCGACAAACCCUGCUCGGACGACGAGUACUAUUGCGAAGACGCGACUUGCAUCGCGGCGGAGCUGCAGUGCAACGGGAGGGUGAACUGCCGUUUCCGGUGGGACGAGGAAGAUCAAUCUUGCAAU